CCUCAUUCUUGGGGCUAUUCCACAUAUUCACGUCAGUGCCAGGUGUAUAACGACAUCAUGACCCUUUGAUACACCUUUGAGAAGAUUUACAGGCUCGCAAGGUUGCGUGCCUUGAACUUAUAUAAAGCCACACUUCAAGUGAUCUCCUACCGAACGAGGUUAAUUCAGUAUACCAUCUCCCGGCGCGAGCACAACUCUGCAUCGCUCCGUCAAUCAGGGAAAACUCUCAAAAGUUUUCCUUCACAAGUCACCAUAUCAUUGCCAUACCAACCGAAACCACUUCCCUCAACACAUCCAACCCACGCAAAAUGCGUACCUCCCUCCUCCUCGCCGGCAUCUAUGCCACCAUCUCAGUCAUCGCCACCCCAAUAACCCCUCCCCGAACCGACCUCGACGCCGCCAAACCAGAGCCCCUCGCCCAAGACCUCGAUGGCUUAGACAUCGACAGCGAUGCGUCGUCUAUGGCGACCGGAGCAGUUCCGAAGCCUGCGACCGGGUGGCCAGGCUACGAAAGACCGUGGAGCAAGAGGCCCCGGCCGUCUACCAAGGACGAGCCUCAGCAAUGGAGACCGAAGCUCGACAAGCUGCAGCCUCGGCCCAGACCGGAUAACCCGUUCAAGAAUCCCAAAUGGAGGAUCCCGCCCAACGACCCAAACACCUUCAAGGACAGAAACCCGUUCAGGGCGUGGCCGGACAGGGAUCCCUUCAAGAUGCCCAAGAAGAAGCCGUUCAAGCUGCCGGAGAAGAAGCUCGAGCCCAAGCCCGAGCCGGAGGUGAACAUCGAGCCGAUGCCGAAGCAGCCGGAGCAGAAGGACGAAAAGCCGGAGAAGAAGGACGAAAAGCCGGAGCAGAAGGACGAAAAGCCGGAGCAGAAGGAUGCAAAGCCGGAGCGGUACCCGACUCUCGAAGAGUUGAUACAGAAGAAUGCACAGCCGGCGCGGUACCCGACUCACCAUGAGUGGACCGAGCAGAGCAAGGAAAUGGCCAUUGCGAACAACUAUGAGCCGUGGCACGGAAAUGAAAGAGAGAACCCGAAUGCGGCGCCGAAGAACGAGCCGACUUAUGAGCCGCAUGUGGAUGAUGCCCGAAGGGUUGGGAAUUAGACGCUCGAUUGUGACCACCAAGGACACGAACGUCUUUGCUGCUGCACCUUUUUGUCUCUCACGUCUGAAAAUUUGAGGAUAUUCGGGAGAAGGAGAGGGAAGAUGUAGAGGUGCAUUAAGGUCAAUGACGAUAAGCUCUGGAUGUUUGAACCUGUAUGUCUACCAAGCCAUAACGUGUUGUAGGAACAAGGACGUCAGGGUGUUCAUCUCUCAGUGCGAGUAAUUCCAACUUUCAAAUGAUAAAUUUAGGCAAGCAAGCAUGUUGCUAGAAGCCUUCCAGUAGUCACAUAGUUCUUGAAUCUACUACACCGUUCAGUAAUUAAACGCGAGCCCGUCUGGCCAUUCAAACGGAG